AUCGAUGAGCAGCAACCUUCCAGCUGGCGCUUCACCAUCAACCCCCACGUCGACGUGUGAGUCAAAACAGUCACGAGCAGGCCUUCAAUCACGAAUAUCGAGCAGCGAGUAUCGCAUUCAGCGCGCAUCGUCUGGACGAGCCAAGGGUCGAACAGGAACAACGACUAGCUUAUUUCAGCAUCCUUGGGUCUUCAGGCGUGCAGGAUGAACUCGCUGUACAAUCUGGCACUGCGGCAAUCCGCUUCCGUCAACUCCGACCUGUCCAUCUUGGCAUCCAGCAACCCCGCCACCUCUUCAGCUCUGCAAGAAAAGAUCUCAUCCUCGCUCGCAGCGCUCAGCAGGACUGUAGACGAUUAUGAAGGUCUGGCGAGCAAGGAGCUGGUGCCCGCGAAGAGGGAGAAGGCUCUGCUCAGAGUGGCCAAGUUCAGAGAGGAGGAGAUGAAUGCCAGGCGGGAGUUGAUCAGAUUGAAGAGUGGACGUGCGGGUCAAGCCUCGACCACGUCUACCUCUACCUCAACACAAUAUGGUCAAGCCUCGACCUCAUCAGCCAACACCUCCAACACAGACUCAGGGCUUCACGCUCGUCCAGCUCAGUCGCCAUCGGCAGCCUAUGGCCAGAAUGGAUUCGGAGCUUCAGCGCACGACCCAUCUCGGUCCAACACUCCUAAUUACGGGGCAGGAUCCAGCAUGCCGUACGGGCAAUCUCCGUAUGGACAGUCGUACGGUGGAGGGCCCUCUGCCCACGCAGUGCCGAUGCACAACGAUCCGCUGGCUUCAUACAGAGCAGCAGCUCAAGCUCAGUACCAAGCUAACGGCGGCUCUUCGAGGGGCAGAGAAGACAUGGCGCUCCGAGAACAUUCAUUCAUUGGCAACGCGGAAGCACAGAUCGAUGCGCUGAUAGCUCAAGGGAGACAGACGUGGGGCAACUUGACGGAGCAGAGGGACGUGUUGAAGGGAACGCAGAAGCGAUUGAGGGACGCUGCGCUGACCAUGGGCCUCAGCAGAGACGUCAUCUCAUACAUCGAGCGACGAAGCACGCAAGACAACAUCAUCUUCGCUGUCGGUGCCCUCUUCACUCUGGUCGCGUUCUACUUUAUCCUGAAAUGGUUUGGCUGAUACUCCAUUGUUUGCAUGAAUCCGGCUUCUUGCUGGUGCUGCUGCUAGCGUCCCUUUCGCAUCCUACAUUUUUGCGUCACCCAGCCCCCUCUUUGAGCGACCCUUUGCAAGCAAGAUUCCUGUCCGCGAUGACGCACGCGAAGCUGAAUACCUCUUGAAAGUCAUGCUUCAUCACGUCAAGCCGCGCGCUUCAAGGGCACAGUCAUGGUGCGGACGAAACCUUGAGAAGCGAAGUAUUACCAUACUUGGUGCUGUGCCGUACUCGAUGACAUGGUGCAUUGCAAGGCUGUCCCGGAAGUGGUAUGAAUAGAUGGAACAAGGGCAUCACUGUGCAAGAAUAUGCACUACUAACCCCACGGGUUGUCCGUCUCCCAUGCUGAUGAGGAAGUAUUUCGCGAAGCGGGUUGCCGCACUUGCAAACCCUCAGGCAUGUAGUUGCUCGAAUCAUCGAUGGCUAGACGGUCGAAAGAUAGA